CUGGUUCUCAUUCAUAUAAACAAUAUGUCUUCUUGCCUCCAAUCUCUUCAUUUCCUUGUCCUAGACAUCAGGGUCUGGUCCCUCAAGAUGCAGGGUCACUUGCCGAGGAUUGAAGAAUUCUACCAGCAUUAAAAGCUACGCCGAUAGCCAGAUUUGCAGGACGACGGUUCUAAUCAAUCAAAAGACGAUGCCGUUAUUCCGCCGCCAGGUGUACGAUCAGUAACUGCCAAGCCAAGAGUUACUGCUUGAAAAAGCUACAGCCGAUUGGGUUUCACAAGGCUGCAAUCCAUGUUUCUUAUCUUCAAUCAGAUCAUUUCAACUCAGAGCCAGUUAGUGCCAAGGUUCCUCCUCAGGGGCAGUGGGGAUAUCCACUGGCACCCUUGUUUCGGGGAUUUCCAUCUGGGGAAUGACUCUUGCUUGGCGAAAUCUCAACAUGCACCAAACAUCUCGAUUGACAGUCAAAGUUAAUGAUAUCUCAUCGCGAUAUCAAGCCAAUACAUUGAAUAAACCUGCUGUCCUGUAGGCAAAGAGUACUUGAGUAUCACGAUCUAACAAGGAGAAACUCGACAGACUCGUAGCAUCUCUAACCGAUCGUGCGAUUUAUCACGCCAAGAUCUCACGGAAGCCAACCGGGCGAAUUAUGGAUGCUGGCGCCUAAACCCGGAAAUUACAGCUGAC